AUGGUUGUGAUGGUGAUACCAAAGGCCAUUGAUCUGCGCCGUUGGAUCAAAAUCCUGGAAUUAACUCUAAGCGCUUUGCGAGGAAACUUCAGUACCCAUGAAAUCAAGAACGUCAUAGAUGGGCAUCUCCAGGUGGUUGACAUAAUAUACAAGAGUCAGUUAACCAAGAUUAAAGAUCAAUUUAAAGACAUUGCCAUUCAUUUUUCCAAAGAUGAGUGGGCAGAGUUAAGUGAAUGGGAAAAGACACGUUAUAAGAAUGUGAAGCGGAACUAUGAAGCCAUGCUUGCAAUAGAGGUGAGAACCUUUAAGCCACCUUUUAAGAAUGAUGGAACCAAGAAGACAAAGAAAGACAACAGCAAAAAGAUUGAGAAAGUACAAUUAGUGAUUGCAUCCCAUUUACAGGAGGAUAAAGAUUCAGGUUACAGGAGCUUCAAUGUAGUCGCUGCUUCAGCUAUGGUUUCAGUUAAAAAGAUCAACAGAGAAACUGCGAUGAGUGAAUGUGAGGCCCAACAAGAACCCAUUAAAGUUAGCUGUACUGGAAAGACGUUGGAACCUUCAACUGAGGAAACGUGCAAUAAAAAGGAAGAGAGAAGAUACAGUUUGAGAAAUAAAGAGAGAAAAGUUUACACUGAAGAAAGAGAACUUUGUGAUGAAGAUUUUCUGUUUUGUGAAGACUGCGAGACAUUUUUUGUUGAAGAGUGCCCUGUGCAUGGUCCUCCAGUGUUCAUAAAGGACACAGCUGUUGAAUUCAAUCGACCAGAACGAGCACGUUUAACCCUUCCAGAGGGCCUCAGUAUUGCAAUAUCAAAAAUUAGAAAGGCUGGUCUUGGUGUGUGGAAUGAAGGAAAGGUUAUUCCUAAAGGAGUUCAUUUUGGACCCUAUGAAGGAGUCACAUCAAAUGAAGAAUCAGCUGCUGUCAGUGGCUAUUCAUGGGUGAUCAGUAAAGGAAAGCAAGAUUUUGAAUACAUUGAUGCAAAGGAUGAAUCUAAAUCAAAUUGGAUGAGAUUUGUUAACUGUGCCAGAAAAGAAGAGGAACAGAACCUUGUAGCCUUUCAGCACCAUGGCAAAAUUUAUUACAGGACCUGCAAGCCUGUGCCCCCUCGGUGUGAGCUCCUGGUCUGGUAUGGUGAUGAAUACGCCAAGGAGCUCGGAAUCAAAUGGACGGCAAUGUGGACAAUGAAACAAAAUCCAAAAGCAAGAGAAGAUGAUGAGUGUCAUCCUUGCCCUCACUGCAGUGUUGCAUUUACCACUGUCAAUUUUCUUCAAAAGCACAUCAGAAAACAUCCUGGAUCACGUGGUCAGGUUUCAGCAGGACAGUCUACUCCGUUCAGCAAAAAUGAUUGUAUGCAGCAACAAAAUCAGGGGGGAUUGUUUACUGAAUCCAUCCAGGACAGAGAAUUUAUUAAAUCAGAUGAAAAUCACUUGCAGCAACACAUCCACAAAGGAGAACAAGUGCAGACAUGUCGUGAUUGUGGAAAGAGCUUCACGUGCUCUGGGAGCCUCCAUUCUCACCAACGGACUCACACAGGAGAGAGGCCGUACAAAUGUACUGACUGUGGAAAGAGUUUCACACAGUCUGGGAAGCUCCAUUCUCACCAACGGACUCACACAGGAGAGAGGCCGUAUAAAUGUACUGACUGUGGAAAGAGUUUCACGUGCUCUGGGAACCUCCAUUGUCACCAACGGACUCACACAGGAGAGAGGCCGUAUAAAUGUACUGACUGUGGAAAGAGUUUCACGUGCUCUGGGAACCUCCAUUGUCACCAACGGACUCACACAGGAGAGAGGCCGUAUAAAUGUACUGACUGUGGAAAGAGUUUCACGUGCUCUGGGAACCUCCAUUGUCACCAACGGACUCACACAGGAGAGAGGCCGUAUAAAUGUACUGACUGUGGAAAGAGUUUCACACGGUCUCACAGUCUCAAUUCUCACCAACGGACUCACACAGGAGAGAGGCCGUAUAAAUGUACUGACUGUGGAAAGAGUUUCACGUGCUCUGGGAAGCUCCAUUCUCACCAACGGACUCACACAGGAGAGAGGCCGUAUAAAUGUACUGACUGUGGAAAGAGUUUCACGUGCUCUGGGAAGCUCCAUUCUCACCAACGGACUCACACAGGAGAGAGGCCGUAUAAAUGUACUGACUGUGGAGAGACUUUUGUUUAUCCUGAUCAGUUGAAAGCUCACUCUUGUUUUAAAACCUGCCAUCAUUGUGGGAAAGCCUUGACAGAUUCAGCAACUUUCAAAGUCCACCUGAGAAACUGUUUUGAAACUUGA